AAAGUGUGUUUUAAAACGGCCUAACCUAUUAACAGCAUAUACAUCUGUGUCCUUGUUUACAUAUGGUUUCUCUUCUUUGUUUUUUGUUUUCGUCUUUCCCAUUUUUUUUACAAUAAUUCUCACAAGUUUCUUAAAGUCAUGGACAUGGGGAAUGGGACAGGACCUGGGAUGUCGGGGGAUUAUAGUGGAGGUGGCGAAUUUGUAGUAGGCGACGACGUGAUGCCGGGAAUGGGAGGUGGUGGUAAUGUUAUUCCGGGAAUGGAAGGUGGUGAUGUUAUGCAGAUGAGUCCUGAAUUAAAUUGGAUAUAUGAAAUGGCUUGGUAUGGUGAAAGUAAAAGAGGGGAUGGUUUUUUUUGUGAGGAGCAUCCUUCUAAGCUAACUUCAGAUGGUAUUUGGGAGAGACUUAUUCUGAAAACGGCAGGUCUUAAUAUUUGGCAAUACCGUCUUCCCAAUCUCGAGAUUGUCAUCUUGCUUGUCUUCUUCUUUUGGCAAGCCUUUACUAUCCUGUUCAAGAAAUUGGGUCUUUCUGUUCCAAAGUUCUCCUCUAUGAUGCUUGCGGGACUACUCUUGAAUGUUAUGCUUACUUUAUCGGGUAAUAACUCGAUCAUUGGAGAGAUCUUGGUCCCUAAAAACAGAAUCGACAUUCCAGGAUGCCUUGGAUCAUUUGGAUUCAUGAUUUUCUGGUUUCUCAAAGGUGUGAAAAUGGACGUCAAGAGACUCUUCAAGGCUGAAGCAAAAGCAAGAGUCACUGGAAUCGCAGCGGUUACUUUCCCUGUAGUUGUUGGUUUCUUACUUUCCAAGUUCAGAUCAGCUAAAGAUCGAUCCCUCUCUUCCAGAGAAUAUGACACAGUGCUGCUAAUGGAAAGCCUCACGUCCUUCUCUGGUAUCGCAAGACUCUUGCGCGACCUCGGCAUGAACCAUUCGUCUAUUGGUCGGGUUGCUUUAUCCUCAUCCUUAAUCUCUGAUCUGGUUGGACUCCUAAUCAUGCUGGUCAACGUUUCUCUUGCUUCAAGUUCAAUCAGUGAUGCUUUGGCUUUGAUAGUAGAGAUAUCCUUAUAUCUCUUGAUGACGUUUAAGGUUGUGAGACCAUUCCUAUUCAAAGUGAUCAAGCGGAAACGAGAAGGGAGACCAAUCAAAGACAAAUACAUCUUUGUAAUUCUCAUCUUGCUUUGCUUUUCGUGUAUGUACUGGAACUUAAUCGAGCAGAAUCCUGCACUUGGAGCUUUCGUUCUUGGUCUCGCCAUUCCUAGUGGACCUCCUAUUGGAUCUGUAUUGGUCGAACGGUUAGAGAGCUUUAAUUUUGGUAUUGUGUUGCCUCUCUUCUUAUCAGCCACUAUGCUCAGGGCUGAUAUUAGAUCUUGGAAUGGCGCUUUGACAUUCUUUAGCGGCGAUGAUAAGAAAUUUGCGGUUACGUCUCUUGUCCUGCUCGUCUUCUUAUUGAAGCUCUUUGUCGCAGUGAUUGUACCUUACGUCUACAAAAUGCCAUUGCAAGACUCGGUUAUCCUUUCUCUUAUCAUGUCUCACAAGGGUAUCAUCGAACUCAACUUCUACUUUUACAUUUUCAGCGUCAAAGGAAUAUCAAGAGAUAUAUACUCAAUCCUAGUCUUGUGCAUCGUCAUCAACUCUAUGGUCUUACCAGUGGUGAUCGGGUUUCUCUACGACCCUUCUAAGCAAUUCUUGUGCUAUCAAAAGAGAAAUUUAGAGAGUAUGAAGAAUACUGGAGAGCUAAAGACUCUUGUAUGCAUCCAUAGACCAGACCACAUAUCUUCCAUGAUCAACCUUCUCGAAGCUUCUUAUCAAUCCGAAGAGAGCCCUCUCACUAGCUACGUGCUCCACCUCGUCGAGUUACAAGGUCAAGACGUUCCCACUUUGAUCUCACACAAAGUUCAGAAACUCGGAAUUGGGUCAGAGAAAAAAUAUUCUGAAAACGUCAUCCUCUCUUUCGAACAUUUCCACCGUUACGUCUCAAGUUCUAUCUCCAUUGACACGUUCACUUGCAUCGCAAACGCAAACCAUAUGCAAGAUGAUAUUUGUUGGCUAGCUCUUGAUAAAGCUGUCUCACUUAUCAUUCUUCCUUUCCAUCGGACUUGGUCACUCGACCGAACAUCCAUCGUAUCAGAUGCUGAGAUGAUCAGGUUUCUCAAUUUCAACGUCUUGAAACAAGCUCCUUGUUCUGUUGGCAUCCUUGUCGAACGCCAUCUCGUUAACAAAAAACAAGACGAGCAACAAAGCCUUAAGGUGUGUGUGGUAUUCGUGGGAGGCAGAGAUGAUAGGGAGGCGCUGGCCUUUGCGAAGAGAAUGGCCCGUCAAGAGAACGUGACAUUAACAGUUUUACGUCUCGUCGCAUCGGGAAAGAGCAAAGAAGCGACAGGAUGGGAUCAAAUGCUUGACAUGGUUGAACUAAGAGAGAUGAUGAAAAGCAAAGAUUCAGGGAUGGUAAAAGAAGAAAGAUCAACAAUUUACAUGGAACAAGAGAUCUUGGAUGGAGCGGAUACGUCAAUGCUUCUACGUUCCAUGGCUUUCGAUUACGAUCUUUUCGUCGUGGGGAGAACCUGCGGUGAGAACCACGAGGCGACUAGCGGUAUAGCGAAUUGGUGCGAGUUUGAGGAGCUUGGAGUCAUUGGUGAUUUCUUGGCCUCGCCAGAUUUCCCAAGCAAAACGUCGGUGUUAGUAGUGCAACAACAACGUUCACUAGCCAAUUAUGAUUAGAAGGGGAGAAAGCAUACUAUACUUGGUGGUUGUUGUUACAUAUAUCUCUCAUUUGUAGCAUCUACACACACACAAAAAAAAA